AUGUCGUCGCCAAAACCGUCUUCUCGCGCCGUUGCAGUUUACUGUGCGUCAUCGACUGGCAAGGACCCAGCCUACAGAAAUGCCGCCGGCUCUCUUGGGAAUGCACUCGCCAAUGCGAAGAGACCUCUCGUCUACGGCGGCGGAUCGACUGGUAUCAUGGGUGUUGUCUCCGGAGCAGUUAUUGAUGGAGGUGGGGAAGUCACAGGUGUCAUACCCUUCGCUAUGGUGGCUGCUGGGGGCGAAGGCGAGAAAAGCACAAGGCCGAAGGUGCAGAUCCAUUUGAACGAGAAAGGGCGGGAAAAGAUCGUCGUUCACUCCAUGCACGAUCGCAAGGUAGAAAUGGCUACUCGGGCAGGCGGUUUUGUAGGCCUUCCGGGGGGCUUUGGGACCUUUGAGGAGAUCAUGGAAGUGAUCACAUGGACGCAACUGGGCAUCCACAACAAACGUUUGUUUUUACUGCUCUUGCCAUUUGCUCAUCUUCAUCCCCGUUACAUUUUUCACACAGCCGUCGUCCUCGUCAAUGUUCUCGGAUUUUUUGACCCACUGCGUUCACUUAUCCAGCGCGCGAUCAGCGAGGGCUUUAUUCGGCCGCACAACGAACAACUGGUCGUGUUCGUAGAUGGCCCUGCCGACCUCUCGGAGCAUCCAACGUUCGACUGGGGAUCCGCAGCACUUGCAGCCCUCGAUGGGUGGACACGCAGCGGAAACGCGUUGUUCGAUUGGAAAGUACGCGAGAACGGAGGGAAGAGCGCCGGGGGGCUCGAGGCUUCGUGA